GAUCUCUUGAAAUUACGGCCACCCUAUCUCAUCAUCGACAACAAAGCUCAUUACAAAUCUCUUCUACCCAUCACCUCAAUGAAUACAGAGUCUACUAGCCUCAUUCCAAUGGAAUGGACCUGCGAAGAAGCCUUCAAAGCGCAAUAAUCAUCCGUUCUGAAGAUUUCGGCCCAAGGAGAAUGUGGCUUGGUCGAGUCUUUGGCGACUGCAGAGUUUCUUCCACAGACGAUAGACUUGCCUUCAGAAACUUGCCCACAAGGUGUGGGGAAGUGGCCGAUCUCCAGUAGGUAGUAACCAGUCACCACUAACCAUCAUCUUCUGAAUCUGUACCACGUUCUACCAGUUUUCUGACUAGCUCUCCUGGCCUACUAGAGGGCUACGACAGCACCUCAGGGAGAGCUACAGAGACUCUAUGAACGUAUCUGGAGAGAGCGUUCGAGAGGUGACUGAGUUUCAGGCCACAUUGUCGAGCUUGAAUGGAAAAAACGCGACCUAGUGAGCGAAGACGACGCCUGUGGACGGAGAAGAUGGGAGGAAGAAACAGUAGUUGGUUGAGGGCGUAGUACGACGUCCUCCUGGUUUUGGGGAGGUACGGGAGAGUGGUCUUGAAAAGGGCCUCGAGGCGUCCAGGAAACACACCCAAAAAACAACACGAACAACGCCCAAUUUUCCACUGGGUGUGUUAAACAAGUAGGAGAGCCGUACAAUGCAUUACGAACGAAGAGAGUUUUCUUUAACUCAAUGACGGAUGAUAAGGGUCCAUUUCAAGGGAAGAUGUAUAAAUAAAAGGUCCGAGAUCAAUACCCAUCAAAUUGCAGCACCUGAUCAGAAGCUUCAAAUGAAAGAAGGAAGAGAAAGGUGUGGCAUGUCUUUGCAAUUGUAACGAAGUGUGGAUUUUUGAUCUAAACCUCUCCAAAGUCUUGGCGUUCUCGUAUGUUGUCCUACUAGUACAUGUCGGGUGGAGAUACAAGUUCGUCAGUAAAGUCGUAGUCGAAACUGAACUUGGCUGGUUGACUGGCCCUUGGCCGCCUGGUCUGGGUCUGAUUUGGAAGAAGACGAUGUUGUGGUCGUCUGAGGUAUUCUCCGUACAUUUUCGAGGCAGAAGCAGCCCCUUCGUCCGUCCAUCCGUCCGUCCGUAGUUUGGACGGUAGAGCUGCUGAUGACGUCCAAAAGCAACCUGAAGAAACGUCGCUAAAUGUCUAAAUGGUCUUCUGAAGAAGAGGACGAGAAGUAGAAGAAGAAGAAGAAGCCGUGUGGAGGAGGUGUGCAUGUGUGUGGACGUGUGAGCACCUCUGAAUCUUUUCUUCAAGAGAUGAUAGGGGAAAAUUAGAGGAGGCGCCCUCAGUCUCAUUUGCGGUGGCAAAGAAGUGAGUCAGGAAUCGGUGCUCUAAGUAUGGGGGAAUAAAACGGCUAUCCUCGCCUACCCCUAUGAUUCAAGACUGAUUAUGCGUAAAUGUUGUCUGGUGAAAUUUCUUACUUGACUUACAUGUUGAGCAGUUGAGUGACCAUGAAUGUGGAGAUCAAGCCCGUGGGGCAUGAGUUUCAUAAUCCAUUCAAAAGUGAUAGCAAUGCCAACAACUUGUCUUUCACGGCUUCUGUAUCUGUGCCUGCCGUGACUAUCACUCCAAUAUUCAAGCAUUUGGAUGAGCACGAUCACCCUCAUAGUGACACUGCAGUCCAGACUGAACCUGUUGACCUCAGUAUGAAGUCCCCACAGUUGGAUCAGACCUUCUCCGGGUCAUUUACUCGACAUUCGGCCUUGCUAAAGCGGUCACACAGUGGUCAACCCAAGGAGUCAGGCGUUGACCUAAGUGUGAAGCGGCCAUUUUCGGCCGAGCCUGAAGAGGAUUGGAGCAGUCGGGAAUCCUCGCCCCAGGACUUGACAUUGGGUACGGCAGCUCUCCUCGAGAGACUAAAACAGGCAGCCUUUUUGUUCCCGCAAGAUCCGAACCCAAUGGUCACGUCAACAGUGCCUAAACCAGACUUUCAGGAGACCCUGAGGAAACGUAAAAUCCAUCGUUGUGACUUCGAGGGAUGCGACAAGGUAUAUACCAAGAGCUCUCAUUUGAAGGCCCAUAAACGGACACAUACGGGAGAAAAACCUUACGAAUGCUCUUGGGAUGGAUGCGGUUGGAAGUUUGCCCGUUCCGAUGAGUUGACAAGGCAUUACCGGAAACACACCGGGUCCAAACCUUUCAAAUGUCUACAGUGUGAUAGGUCUUUCUCUCGGAGUGACCAUCUCUCCUUACAUAUGAAGCGGCACUGAACCAGCAGCGCUGGGCAUUUCAGGGUGACCCCAGUCACGCGGAACAAUCCCGUCCAACACUCUAGUACAAUCGAGGAAAAAAAUGACUGUGAUAUCUACAACUUCUUUGACUCCCCUACUUUCUUUUGUUGACCGAAUUAAUCUCAAUGUUACUUGAUGCUAAUAUUAUCUAUCUGUGUUUGAUGCCAAUACAAUGUUGUGAAACCUGUUAUCAUUUUUCAUGAAAA